CAGAUGAUUUUGGCAUGGAGGUAAAGCUUAAGAGAGAUUUCUAACUGGUUUCUUCAGGAUUCCAGAAUCAGCUUGAGUAACUCAUUACAGAAAGGAAUGAAGCAAUAUUCAGUGGGUAAUCAACAUUCCAAUUAUAGGAGUCUCUUGUUUCCUUUUCUGUGUUCACAGAUGACACAGUUGACGGCCAGUGGGAAUCAGACAAUGGUGACUGAGUUCCUCUUCUCUAUGUUCCCGCAUCCGCACAGAGGUGGCCUCUUAUUCUUUAUUCCCUUGCUUCUCAUCUACGGAUUUAUCCUAACUGGAAACCUAAUAAUGUUCAUUGUCAUCCAGGUGGACAUGGCCCUGCACACCCCUUUGUAUUUCUUUAUCAAUGUCCUCUCCUUCCUGGAGAUCUGCUAUACCACAACCACCAUCCCCAAGAUGCUGUCCUGCCUAAUCAGUGAGCAGAAGAGCAUCUCCGUGGCUGGCUGCCUCCUGCAGAUGUACUUUUUCCACUCACUUGGUAUCACAGAAAGCUGUGUCCUGACAGCAAUGGCCAUUGACAGGUACAUAGCUAUCUGCAAUCCACUCCGUUACCCAACCAUCAUGAUUCCCAAACUUUGUAUCCAGCUGACAGUUGGAUCCUGCUUUUGUGGCUUCCUCCUUGUGCUUCCUGAGAUUGCAUGGAUUUCCACCAUGCCUUUCUGUGGCUCCAAACAGAUCCACCAGAUAUUCUGUGAUUUCACACCUGUGCUGAGCUUGGCCUGCACAGAUACAUCCCUAGUGGUCAUUGUGGAUGCCAUCCAUGCAGCGGAAAUUGUAGCCUCCUUCCUGGUCAUUGCUCUAUCCUACAUCCGGAUUAUUAUAGUGAUUCUGGGAAUGCACUCAGCUGAAGGUCGUCACAAGGCCUUUUCCACCUGUGCUGCUCACCUUGCUGUGUUCUUGCUAUUUUUUGGCAGUGUGGCUGUCAUGUAUUUGAGAUUCUCAGCCACCUACUCAGUGUUUUGGGACACAGCAAUUGCUGUCACUUUUGUUAUCCUUGCUCCCUUUUUCAACCCCAUCAUCUAUAGCCUGAGAAACAAGGACAUGAAAGAGGCUAUUGGAAGGCUUUUCCACUAUCAGAAGAGGGCUGGUUGGGCUGGGAAAUAGAUACAGAUCCUGGAGACUCUAAAAAGCCUCUUGGAAGAGCAAAA